AUGCCUGCGCAACCUGAAGCACGAUUGGGCUUUAAUAUAAACGGGGUCCGUGGACAUUGUAUGGCUCGGCACCAAGAUGGCAUGGAGGAUAACCUCGAGGGUAGUCGGCUGUUCAAGUAUGUUGAUUCUAGUUCUAGACAUGAUCAGGCUACUGAGGCCACCUCAUCUAAGAACAAAUCUGCUGGGAAAAAGAUUUCCCCAACUCGUGGUUCUUCGCCAUGGGUUUUCAAAAAACCCUUCAAGGACAUCACCAAUUCUGAUGAGACUCACGCUGGCAGUAAAAAGGUGAAGAAAGACUCUAUUUUGACUAGGCCUGGGAAGAAUAAAACUGGGACUAAGUCUUGUUCUGCUAACUCGAUAGCAUCUGUGGGUUUACAGACUAAAGGUUCUGAGGUUCAAGAUGAUGUUCAUGGAAUGUUCUCUUUCAAUGUGGACAACUCUGUCUUCAUUGAGAAUCUGGGCAAGGGUGGCCCUCUCCAUGGACAUGAGCCUCCUGAUUUUAAUCCUAUGGGGCUUCCUGAAGUUGAUGUUGAUGGUGUGAAUGUUGCCUCUGACGAUAUGGACCUUCAAUGUGUCCCCACGGAACUUGGUGAGGCCGAGCUUGGACGGGAAGCAUGUAUGUCUUUUUACCAUGAUGUCUCUGAAGCCUUUGUGGUGGAGCAGUUGCAGACUUAG